AUGAGUAUUGGAAAUAAGAUCUCAGGAGCGUCGCCUCGUCUUCUUCCCCGGUCCUCCGUCGCGAUUCUCCUUCAACCCAACAUCUCACCUCACGAUCUCCGGCGUCGCCUUAUAAAUCAGCGCCUCCGUCUUCUCUUCUUCCUAUGCGUUUGCUUCUCCGUUAUCCACCUGUACCGCCGCGGCAGUUCUCUCUCCUCGCCUCCAUCUUCAUUCAAUUUCCGGCCACCAUCAUCAAUACUUCGACAUCCACACCUUCGUCAAAUUCGCUUUAAAACCUCCAUCGACCUCUUGCUCACGAUGGUGCAACUUCGCUCCAUCUCAAUUUGUUCGUCUUGCCUCCGAUUUUGUACCCAAUCUCAACCACAACAUAUCAUCUCUUCAAUCGUUCAAAAGAACAACAUGGCAACAUUAUAUGCCAAAGGAAAAGACUGA